AUGUCAACAACUACCACCGUCCUUGAUGAAAAUUAUUGGUGCGGAAACAACAAAAUAAAUGGAAACUUCGGCACAAAUACCGUGUCGUCUGAAGACUCCAUCGUGGGUGAUUUCGAUACCAUCCCACUUAUCGAUGUUGCGGGCAUCUUCAACCCAGACAUUUCGGAAAGGAAGAAAGUCGCUGCUCAGCUUUACGAUGCUUGCACAAGAGUAGGAUUUUUCUACAUUGAGAACCAUGGCAUCUCACAGGACCUGGUCAACGCGGUUUUCGACUGCGGUAAAGAAUUCUUUGCCUUGUCAUUCGAUGAAAAGAUGGAGAUAUAUAUCAAUAAUAUGCCAAAUUAUCGUGGAUAUACUCCUUUGGGAGGAAGUGGCUCAUCUGGACCAGAUGGGCAAGGCAAUGCGAACGAAGCUUUUGACUGGGGCCAUGACGCCAAGCUCAAUGACGAUCCCAAUGAUGAAUUCAUCGAUACUCAUAUGCGUGGAGACAAUCCAUGGCCUCGACAACUACCUCAUUUUGAAGCCGUGUUGUCAGGAUACUAUAGGACGCUUCGAGCUUUUGCACGAAUUCUUGCCCGAAACGUGGCCCUUUCGCUCGAUCUGGACGAAUCCUACUUUGAGCCAGUCUUGACACAUCCGGGAUGCAGUGCUCUCGUUGCACAUUACCCACCCCAGAAAUCGGGCAGCCGAAUCUUUGGCUAG